AUGUUCGUCUCGUGUGGUUACCUGUUGAUUUCGGUACUCGCUGUCGUCUCUGGUGCGCCUAAAAGAACCAUCAGAUCGACACUGCCAAUGUGGCAUCUGCCUUGUGGUGAUCAAAUAGAAAUCGAACAAGUACCAGCUUCGUUGGUGAACGUGGAGAAAGAAGUCAGGAUCAGCAUAGAAAGCCUGAGGUUGCAGCAUCGGGUAGCCAUGGACGACUACUUGAAUCGCGACUACGAGUACCUGUACGAAAGGGUACGAAUCGGCGUCCACGAGCAUCAGUACAUCCCGAACUGGGUCCCAAGCAAGAAAGACGUGAACACGAUCAAGAAACUAACCCACGCUACUCCGCAAACGAUCGCCAAUCACUUUCCAAAGCUACACCUAGAUCUUCAGAAGUUCGCGGUUGCUUUCGAAGAAUUGGUGGACGACGAGACGAAUCCAAGGAUCUACGAAGCUCUCAAGGCGACUCAAUCCUACCUGAUGAUGAUGUUGUGCGAAGUGGAAAGCUAUAUCAUCGCUCUGCCAGACCUUCGAGUCCCGUCGCGAGUGGAAAGGAGUAUCAUGAGCAACACCGAAAGGGAACCUGUCGACGACACCAGAAGGCUUGUCCGUGACUGGGGUGUGCUUCUCAAGUACAGGGAUUAUCUUCACGCAUGGAGGCACGUUUUCGAUUAUUAG